GGAUGGUUCUAUUUUGGUCAUUCCAUUCCAAACUGAAACACAAAACCCAAAACCCAAAACCUCGCUUCUUCCUCAGCCGCUAGACCGUCCGCCCAUUCUCAGCGCCGCCGCAUGUUUCUCUCGACCGCCGCACCUCACCUCGCCGUCAUCUAGACCACUGCUGUGACUUAGAUCAAUUCAGUUCUCCAUCUCCUCUUCGUUGUCGCGCCUCAGCUCGCCGCCAUUGUCGACCUCGCCUCAGCUCGCCGCACCUUGCUGUCAUCGUCGCUGAUCUUGGAUUACUGAUUCGUAGAGAUAGCCAUGGAUAUUGAUGGGGAUUUUGAGGACACUUCUCGCCGAGUUCAAGUGCGGUUUAUCACCAAACUCAUUGCUCCUUUCAAAGUUCCAGCGAAUGCCAUUGCCAUUCCUUCUAAUCUAACAAGAUUGGGUCUUUCCACCGUUGUUAACAAUCUUCUUUCAGCUGGGAAUCCUGAGUGGGAAGAAGAACCAUUUGAUUUUCUAAUUGAUGGCGAGCUUGUCAGAAUGUCGCUGGAGAAGUUCCUUCUUGCCAAGGGCAUCUCAGCGGAAAAAACAUUGGAAAUUGAGUACUUUAAGGCGGUUGCCCCACGAAGGGAGGAAGAGCCUUCUGUUCAUGAUGAUUGGGUCAGUGCAGUUGAUGGGUCUUGUCCUGGGUUCAUUUUGACAGGUUGUUAUGAUGGCUUUGGAAGGGUGUGGGAGUCUGCGGGAUUGUGUACACAUAUUCUUGAAGGUCACAGUGAUGCCAUAUCUUCUGUUUGUAUUGUGAACCCUGGAGAAGCAACUAAUGUCACUCUUGCCACGGCUUCAAAGGAUCGAACAAUCAGGCUAUGGAAGUAUUCAAAAGACGAUCGAGUUAAAAACCCUACCAAAUUAAGGCCUUUCAAAAUAUUGAAAGGACAUAGAUUGUCUGUACAAAGUGUUGCAUCACAGAAAUCUGGACACCUGAUCUGCUCAGGUUCUUGGGAUCACACAAUCAAGUUAUGGCGAACGGAUGAGCAUCAGUCUGAAGGCGAUGUCUCCAUUAAGAAGAGAAAAAAGAAUACCCAGGCUGAAGAAUCUCAGUUAGAGGAGGACUCUGUUGCUACACUUGAUGGCCAUUCACAAUCUGUAUCGUCAGUUGCAUGGCCAAAGCAUGAGGAAAUUUAUUCAGUAUCAUGGGACCAUUCUGUUAGAAGAUGGGAUGUUGAGACGGGCAAUGUUUUGUUUAAUCAUGUAUGUGGUAAGGCACUCAACUGCCUCGACAUUGGAGGUGAAGGUUCCUCUCUCAUAGCUGCCGGUGGCUCGGACCCAACCAUUCGGAUAUGGGAUCCUCGCAAGCCAGGAACUUCAAGUCCUAUCUUUCAGUUCUCAUCUCAUACUUCCUGGGUUUCGGAUUGCAAGUGGCACGACAAAUCUUGGUUCCAUUUGCUGUCUGCAUCAUAUGAUGGGAAAGUUAUGCUGUGGGAUCUAAGAACUGCGUGGCCUUUAGCUGUAAUUGACUCUCACAACGAUAAGGUACUAUCUGCUGAUUGGUGGAAAGAUGACAGCAUUGUCAGUGGUGGGGCAGACUCUAAACUGCGCAUUUCGUCAGGAAUUUAUGUUUUGUAAGUUAGAAGCUACUACAGCUAUGGUGAUUUUAGUGACUAUGAAAGGGGUCGUUUAGAUGCUUUGCAACAAUCCCAAUCCCAAUCCUUGCUGUCUUUGUGCUUCUUAGUUUUGUCUUUCCAGUUUUGGGUAAGAGCUGUAUGAAGAGGGAAAUAGAAAAAGGUAAAAUUGCAUACUUUUAAAUAGACAUAGUGAAACUUGAGAGACUGAGUAGGCUUUGUUAUUUAUAAAUUAUUCUUUUUUGAGUUUGUUUACCCAAUAACUUCUUGAAUGAUAUGAUACAAAUCCAAAUGGUUACUAAAUAGUCUUUUUGUUCUUUUCAA